GUUCGUCCUCACAACAGCAGGAUUUGUCUUUCUAUUGCUACAGAAAACGAAAGACCUCCCGUUUGACACUUAGUGCACCCGAGGGCACCGAGGGAACAGUCCGUGAAGCUGGGCUAUCCGUUUGCACUACUUGUAGCCAUUCCCGAUCUUCUUCCUUCCAAAUAUCGCCAAGGAACUGUGUCUUCAAUUGUUCACCGAGCUGUUAUCACGUGUGGCUAUUGAGUGACGCCUGGCAAUGUACAUUCUUGGCGGAAUCAAAAGCCGGCAAAUAAAUGAUGAAAGGGUGCGAAAGUCAAAUAAAUGUUGACAAUAAAAAUUAGCAGUCGAUGCUGGGAUCAAAGAUAAACAAAUUGGGCUGAAGAAGGAUAAUACAGGAAAUGUUGAAGUCUCCUUUCCCUCAGAUACUGCCAAGCUCGGAGCACUGGGCUGGAUCUUCCCUGGGAGUUUCUGAACCACAUGAGGAGGGUAAGAACACAGCAGCAGGUACUGACAGAAGGUUAAUAAGGCAUGCACCAAUUCUUCAGAAUUUCUUCCCUAAUCAUAUCCGUGUCGGUGCUGAUACUUUGGCUCGGAAUGCUCAUUUAUACGAAAUUUACCACGCCGAGCAGUUUACUUCCUGUUGUGAAAAUUAAGAAGCACAGUGGUAACUGGCACUUGAAUCUCACACCACCGGAAAAGCUAAGCUUUCUGUCUCCAUACAGAGAAAUCUGGAUUAAUGAAAAAAAUAAUUGCAGCUGUAACAUUGGGGCACCAUUACCUUUAACAAAGUCUUACGAUCAGAAAGACAUGCUAGCAAUCGAAAAGAGAAGAAAAAUACAGUUUGAACAACACAGAAAGAGGAAUGAAUCACCGUUGAAGAACAUAAUCAUAGCUCAACCCAAUUCCCCAUUAAGCUAUCCCACCCAUGGAGUUGAAGUAAUGCCACUACAGUCAAUUGUUAUUCCAGGUUUAAGUGUGUUUGCAAUCAAAAGAGAGGAGUAUACGGUGAAACUAACAGUUACACAAGGAGUAUUUAACACAAUUGCUGAGGUCCCACAGGGUGUGCUGAAAGGUUUAGGUGACAAAGAAUUAACAAUAACAAGCCCACACUUGGAACUCAUCAAUGCCGUACUUAAAUAUAUUACUUACACAAGCAAAAAAUAUCACAUCAAUACAGUAGAUAUAGUGUCUUUUCAGUUUGAAGAGCAUGUUGCUGAAUUUCCGAUUAUUAUCAGGCAGCCCCCAAUGCCACGGUUGUUUGAUCCUGGGCCAGACAAUGACAUCAAUUCCUUGGUAACCAUUACAACAAAGACAUUUUUAAGAUAUCACAAGCUUCGAGUCUUGAUAGACAGCAUUCGGAGAUUUUACCCGAACAUGACGAUAAUCAUUGCGGACGACAGCGAAGUUCCUGAAAAAAUUGAAGGACCCCAUAUCGAACAAUACUUCAUGCCAUUCGCAAAAGGAUGGUUUGCUGGAAGAAACUUGGCGGCUUCUCAGGUCACAACUAAAUACCUUCUUUGGGUGGAUGAAGAUUUUUUAUUUACAAAAGCUACAAAAGUGGAAAAACUGGUGGAAGUUUUGGAAAACACAGACUUGGAUGUGGUUGGAGCCUCAGUGAACGGCAAUCGAUUCCAGUUUAAGUUGUGGUAUGAGAAAGGAAAUGACGAUGAUGGAGACUGCUUGUUUUCCAAGCCUGGUUCCUUUUAUGCAUUGAAUGGAUUCCCAAACUGUCAUCUAACCAGUGUUGUGGUGAACUUCUUUCUGGCCAAGACAUCAAAGAUACUAAGUGUUGGAUUCGACCCUCAAUUAGCAAGGGUAGCUCACCCAGAGUUUUUCAUUGAUGGACUUGGAAGACUGCUUGUGGGGUCGUGCAGUGAUGUCAUCAUUAGCCAUCAGACAACGAUGAGUCCAUCAAAUAAUACGCUGAAAGCAAUUGAACAAAAAUAUGCAAAAUACCGAAGACGGGCUCAAUGGGAAACAGAUCUGAAGCAUCGUCUACAUUAUUUCAAAAACCACUUAAAAUGUUAUAGCAAGAUUUAAUGUCUUUGGUUGAAUACAAUCUCAGGUUUCCUAUACUGCUAACUCUACCUCACUCAACCCCACCGGUUGAGAGACUACUUUUUGGCAUCUAUUCCAGGAUGAACAGAAAUUUUUGGCAAUUAAAGUUAUAUUUAUUCUUUCAUGGAAUGUUGGCUUCACUGGUUACCUAUCCCUAAUUACUAUUAAGAAGGUGGUGAGCUGACUCCUAGAACCACUAUAGUCCAUCUGCUUAACAUCAGCAAGAUAAUGCUAUUUUCCUUCAUUCCUGACAUAAGCACCAUCCCCUAGCCACCAAUUCUAUCAUUCCUCCCUUUUCCCCCUCAGUCACUGCUCCAACAAACUGCUCAUAAAUGCGGUGCCCUAUUUGAACAUAGCUCAGAUUCUAACCUCAUGCCCUGUCAAUCACCAACAUUACCUAUUUCCACACUUUCCCUUUCAUCACCUGUUGAAACCCUCAUUCAUACUUUCAGCUUUGACUGUCCAAAUAUUCUUCAGACUGACUUCCCAUCUUCCAGCUUCCUUAAACUUGAGCUUAUCCAAAAUUCUGUUGGCUGUAUUCUAAUACACACCAAGUCCUGUUUAUCCCUCAGCCCUAUACCCACUAGCCUACAUUGGCUCUUGGUGCACUAAUUCCCUAAUACUAAAAUUCACAUCAUUGUUUUUAAAAUUCCUCUGUGGCCUCACCCCUUCCUAUUUCUGUAACCUCCUCCACCUCACCAACCCUCCAAGAAUCCUCCAACUCUGCCCUUUUGUGCAUCUGCCAACAGUUUUUUUGCUUUACACUGUCAGGUGUACCUUCGACAUUCCGAUCGCUAAAUUCUGAUGUUCUCUUCCUAAAUUGCUUCUCUUAUUUAAAAUCUAGACACCUUCUCUGGUAUCCUCUUGUUUAACUUGGAGUCGCAUUUUGUUUUGUAAGGUUCAUAAAAAGUCUAUCAGGGCAUUUUAUUGUGUUGGCUGCUAUAAAAACAAAAAUUGUUGUUGAUAUCUGAUUAUACUUCGUUGGGGCACUUUGUGAUACGGUAUUUUCAUAUGAUAAAGAUGUGAUUUUGUGGUUGUGUUUAAUUGUCUUUGCACUUCAUUUAUGACUUGACAAAGCAGAAUGUAUAUAACAACACAGGUAGAGCCCUUUAUCUUUUUCCAAUAUUCAAUGUACCCUCAGGAUCCACUAGACCUCGCCACAGACCCAGAAAAUCACCCCAUAAAUCCAUGGCAUCAAAAGUUAAAUCACGUGCGUAACUCAACUGGCAAUUACUCAUGGAUGAACCCAAAUUAGAAAAGCAAGCAAGUUAUUUUCUUCCAAAGCAGAGCAGUUCAGCCAAUCUGAAUAAUUUUUGACCGAAUGUUCACACAUUUCCGAUCAAAGAUUCAAUGUAGUUUACUAAUGAAAAUUCUUGAUAAUAUUUCCUUUGCCUAAAAAGAAUAUGUUUCAGUGGUUUCACACAACUACUGCAUACGAUUAAAUAGAUGUCACAAGUAAAAUAGAGAUAUUGGCAUCUUUGCCGUGAUAAGUAAGAACUAAAUCACUCAGUGCUUUCUAAUUUAAGCAAUUGUCAGCUCACUUAUAAAGACUUCUGAAACUCUAAAUCCUUGAAUAGAUAUUGAGAAAAGUGCAUGUUAAGAUUCUGGCUGAACAUCUCAUAUAUAGCUAGAUCACAAUGGCAGAUGUGGCACCUUUUUCUAGUUGGUACUUGGAGGAUGAUUCUAGAGUGAGAACCAGAAAGAAUCCUGGUUAAAAGAUUCAAUUUCAGACUUUCUCUUCACUUUGUCAGGAAAUCAAUGAAUGCUGCGCAAUUAUUUUCUUCGGAUCAAGUAAUAAUUUUACAAUGACCUAUUAUUUGAUGUUAUAUGUAAUGGGGUAUUGCUUAAAAUAAUAUUUGUAUCAAGCUAUCCUGAUUCUUUUUUUUAAAGUUGAGGUUCUGUUGAAGAGAAAAUUUGCACCAUAGAAAAUUACAAUGAUGAAAAAUUCCUCCUGUAAAUGAAGGCUUCCGUAAUAAAUGCAAAUAUGUGUUGA